AUGUAUAUCAAGGCUGGGAAGGCUUCACCAUCACCGCCACUCGGACCAGCCCUUGGACAGCGUGGCUUAAAUAUUGGAAAGUUUUGUAAAGAAUUUAAUGAUAAAACCGCCAAUAUGGAAGAAGGCAUCCCCAUUCCAACCAAAAUUUUUAUUUAUGCUGAUCGAUCAUAUAAAUUCUCGACCUCCGCACCUCCUGCUUCGUAUUUUUUAAAAGCAGCAGCUGGUAUUGAAAAAGGAAGCGCGCACCAAGGUAAAGAAGUUGCUGGCGUUGUCACCUUAAAGCAUAUUUACGAAAUUGCCAAAGUUAAACACAACGAUGAGCAGUUUCGUAACAUGACAUUGGAACAUGUAUGUAAAGCUAUAAUGGGUAGCGCAAAAAGUAUUGGAAUCAAGGUUGUCAGAGAAUAA